GGGAGGAAUGCUGCAGGAUGCUCAUUACUAUGGCUGUCAAACCCAGUGGCGCAGCCAUGUCCGAUAAAACAUCCGUUUCCAUGUAAGAUUUACGAGGAUGAUGUGCACCAUGUCCGCCGCGGCUGUCGCGGUAUGGUUUGGUACGGUGGUCACCAUCUUGUCGAGAUCGCACGCAGACCGGAACGUCUACCCGUCUGCGGGAGUGCUGUUCGUCCAUGUUCUGGAGAGAGAAUACUUCAAAGGAGAGUUUCCUCCGUACCCAAAAUCAGCUUUACCUACAGGUGAUGCCAGCAAUGACCCGAUCACUUUCAACACCAACCUGAUGGGCUACCCCGACAGGCCGGGCUGGCUGCGCUACAUCCAGAGGACUCCGCACAGCGACGGGGUCCUCUACGGCUCCCCCACUGCCGAGCACGUGGGCAAGGCCACCGUCAUAGAGAUUACUGCCUAUAACAGACGCACUUUCGAGACGGCGCGGCACAACUUGGUCAUAAACAUCAUGGCCACAGAAGAGUUCCCACUGCCCUACCAGGCCGAGUUUUACAUCAAAAACAUGAAUGUGGAGGAGAUGCUGGCCAGCGAGGUGCUCGGGGACUUCCUGGGAGCGGUGAAGAACGUAUGGCAGCCCGAGCGCCUCAACGCCAUCAACAUCACCUCGGCGCUGGACCGUGGUGGCCGUGUGCCCCUGCCCAUCAACAAUCUCAAGGAGGGGGUGUAUGUGAUGGUUGGUGCCGAUGUUCCCUUCUCGUCAUGCCUGCGGGAGGUGGAGAGCCCACAUAACCAGCUGCGCUGCAGUCAGGAGAUGGAACCUGUCAUCAGCUGCGACAAGAAGUUCCGGGCUCAGUUUCACAUUGAUUGGUGUAAGAUUUCGCUGGUCGACAUCAAUAAAGUGGUGCCAGUAUACAUUACCCGUCCUGACCCAGGCACCGGGAUCCUGCCUGAAUAUGGGGAAUACAACCCCCCCUCUGAGUCUCUGAAGGCUAGGGACUACUUUUCAGACUUCCUCAUCACACUGGCCGUUCCCUCCGCUGUGGCACUAGUCCUCUUCUUCAUCCUCGGCUACACUAUGUGCUGCAGACGGGAAGGGGUGGAAAAAAGAAACAUGCAAACACCAGACAUCCAGCUGGUUCACCACAGCUCCAUCCAGAAGUCCAGCAAGGAGCUGCGGAGCAUGUCGAAGAACCGGGAGAUCUCGUGGCCCCUCUCCACCCUGCCCGUCUUCAACCCAGUCAGCGGCGAGGUGGUGCCGCCCAUCCACCCCGACAACUACGAGACCACCAGCAUGCCGCUCAUGCAGACACAGACGAAUCUGCAAAACCAGAUUACAAUACCACAGCAACGGCCUUCAGGUAAAUGGUAUUCCUGAGGAGAGAAAGGUGGCCGAAGCACUGAAUUUGUGACCAGAGACACCAGUGUCAGAGUCGACUUUGAUUCCAUAACUAUAUUUUAUGUUUUUUCUAACAUUUGUGCCAAUCUGCAUGCCUCAGAAGUGUCUUUACAAAGAUUUAUUGUCCAUAUGCACUUUCACUUUUAAGAGUGAGAGUGUGAAAGAGAACAAAAAUACUUUAGAAUAUUUUGAAUUAUUUGUGUAAAGAGUCGAACUCUGUUUGUAUUUCUUCUUGCUUUUCACAAUGGACCUUGUAGAGGAAAAGGGAGUACAUGGAAAUCUUUUAGUUGUCAUGUGUAAUUAAUUAUAUGUAAUGUGUCACAUGAUAACAAUAAAGUCUUUCAAAGUAAUUUGCAUUUACUGUAACUAACUCCAGUAGACUCUAGUAAUGCCUGAAUGGCAAUGAAAGGUAUGUUUUUGUCCACAAAAGAAGCCAAACCAGCACAUUUUAUGAAGAUAUUAUUAACAAUGUACAACAGAAUAAAGGCAUUUAUAAAUA